GUUUUAGAAUGAAUCCUUAUCGCGUUGAACGAUUUAUCGAAGGUGUUCAUAAGCGUGUUAUGAAUGAGUACAUCCGUAUUGUAAAUAUACCAAUAUCUAUGCGUAAAGAAUUAUCUCUAAUGCUGGAAGAUUUUGUCGUUAUUGUGGGUUACGAUAAAGAUCGCGAACGUGAUUAUAACCCUCUAAGUUGGCCGAGGCCAGCCGGUAUAGGGGCCAGUACCAUGUGUUUGCAGGCAAAGGUGACGUAUAAGUUCUGGAGGUAUUUCACCAGUCUGGGCAAGACCAAACUUGGUGAAUAUAAUCGUGAGCACCAGACCAACAUAGUCGUCGUACAGGAAAAGACGCUGAGAAUGAACGAUCAGAACCGGCUGUGCUUGUUUUUGCGAAAUCUCAUCAAGGAAAAGUAUCGUGAGAAGCAGAAGUCCCCGAUAGACAUGAAGAUAAAGCAGUGGAGGAUCGAGUUAGUUGGUGUAGGGGUGUUCGAUCCCGUCAUACUUGCUAGAAGACUGGACUUCGAUUACCGAAACUGGAAUGGAUUGCCGUUUGAUGAGAUUAUCGAUUAUAGAAUCAAGAAGGACAGUCUGGGUGGUAAACUUCCAAUAGGGCCAUUGACAUUGCCUGGUCUCGAGGAGAAUAGAGAAGCCGAGAGUGAGAGUUAUUCUGAAGUUGUUAAUCGAAAAAGAAGUCAUAAGGAUAAGACAAGGUUGUUGCGAGCACUUGUGUUGCUUAAAGUGCGUGUACUCUAGCAGUAUCUCCGUUUUUGCAGGUGACAUUUGAGAUCUUAUGGUUCUGUCUGAUUUUGAUUAUAUUUUUUCGCUUUGUCGAUGUGUACACUCUUAUUAUUUCUUUAGCUCGGUGGGUUGUUUACCGGUCAUUCUUUUUGUGCCUAAUUUUUCUAUCUUACUACUCACUUUGAGUUACUUCAGCAAUAGUAGCUCAGUUUUACCUAUGCUUAACACCUUGCAAUUGAGUUGUUAUGAUGAAUCUCAUCGAUCAUUAACUAUGUACAAUGCAGCGAUCCCUAUGAACGUGUCCUCUUAAUCGUAUUGUCGAGAAUCUCAGUCUAUCCGGUGUAUGUGCACUAUUUCAUCGAACAUGACUCAUCGGUGGUUUCGUGAACGAGAUGUUGUGAAUCCGUUCGACCUGUA